GCGCUGUCCAGGGUGCUGAAGCGUGAGUGUCAAUCAUCUCCGUCUAAACGCCUUCGUCUCCUGAAGACUUUAAAGCUGUUAUGUGUAUAAAGCCAUAUGCACACGGAGCAGAAGAACACUGAUGCUUUAGGUGUGAUCUGGACCGAUCAGCUGAGCUGAUGGACGUGUCCGGCGGGUCUCUGUGUAACGGCGUGUCGGAGCAGCGGUCAGUGUUCCUGGUGUCCGAGUCUCACGGUCAGCAGGUGCUCGGUGUUCUUCAGGGCUUCAGAGAGAGAGGAGUUCUGUUCGACUUCAGCGUCCGAGUGCAGGAGGAGACGCUGCCGUGUCACCGCUGUGUUCUCGCCGCAUGCAGCGACUUCUUCAGGGCGAUGUUUGAGCUGGACAUGCGGGAGCGUGAUGACGGCGCCGUGACGCUCAGUAACCUCUCGCCGCAGGCCGUCCACACCUUCCUGGAUUUCGCGUAUUCUGGUGAAAUAGAAAUCAGAGAAGACAAUGUGGACAUGCUGUUUCAGCUGGCCUCCUUCCUGCAGGUGGGCUUCCUCUCUCGCGCUUGCAGUGACUUCCUGGUCCAAAUGCUGGAUCUCUGCAACUGCCUGCAGCUGUUAGCGCUCGCCGAGGGUUACGGCUCCUCGCGCCUGCUGCAUCGCGCAACCGACUUCGUCACGCAGAACUUCCACGCACUUUCCUCCGCUCCGGACUUUCUGGAGAUGCCGGCCCGCAUCUUGGAGCGCUGCCUGUCUUCGGACGCACUCAACGUCCCAGACGAAGAAAGCGUCCUGCACGCGUUGCUCCACUGGACGCGACACGAUCCACAGUCGCGCAAAAUCCUUUUACCGAAGCUUCUUCCGCGGGUCCGUCUGCACCAUCUGCGUCCGUCUGCGCUGGAGGAGGCCAAGCUGCUGCUGAGCGCAGACGCAUGCUGCAUUACCGCGAUUAAACAAGCUCUCGAAGACAUUCAUCGCUUCAGCGGCUUGUUUUGCGAUGCUCGGCCUUCUACGACAUCCAGCUAUAUUUUCGUGCACAAAACAGAGGAUAGCGGAGAGAUUCGGUAUGCGUUCUGCUACAACAUUGGUGCGGAUCUCUGGAUGGAGCUACCAAACGACGCCGCGCAGAUUUUAGACCGACCCGGAUCAUCGCUCACCAGUUUUGGAGAAAAGCUCUUCAUCAUUGGUGGAUGUCGCGGCGAAUGUCAUCGCACUAUUCGCCUGCACAUCGCCGCGCAUCAGCACGACGCGACGGACGAAGUCUGGUGCUACUGUCCCGUCGCGCGCAGCUACACACCAGCUCUGCACAUGUACAACCCACGGACAAUGCAUGCAUCCGUAGCUGCUCUAAAUCGCAUUUACGUAAUCGGCGGAAAAACACGCAAUGCUUGUAGCGUUCUAGACGCUGAAUACUUUGAUCCUCUAAGCGGCGAUUGGACAUCCGUCAGCCCUCUUCCCAAAGGAAUCUACUUUCCGGAAGCGAGCGCAUGCGGAAGCAUUAUUUACACGCUCGGAUCCGAGAUGGAGAUUACCGAAGCUUUCAAUCCUUCGCUCGACUGUUUCCUCCGCUACGACGCCGUUGCGGAUCAGUGGUGCCAACUAGUGGCAGAGUUCGGCCAGUUCUUCCACGCAACGCUCGUCAAAUCCGUGUCUAUCAACGACACGCUGUAUCUGUGCGAUCUUUCUACGUAUAAAGUCUACAGCUUCUGUCCGGAUAGUUGCGUUUGGAAGGGCGAAGGUUCGUUCGAGUGCGCUGGGUUCAACGCGGGCGCCAUCGGCGUGCGGGAUAAGAUCUACAUUCUGGGCGGCGAUUAUUCGCCCGAUGAGAUCACGGACGAGGUGCAGGUGUACGACAGCGGCCGGUCCGAAUGGCAGGAGGUUUCGCCGAUGCCUCGAGCGCUGACGGAGUUUCACUGUCAGGUGCUGAGCUUCAACCGCUACAGAGAUCCGUGGAGGAGAGAAACCGCCGAAACACCCUGAAUUAGAGAUCUCAGGCCUCAUUUAUAAAAUGUUGCGCAGAAACCAUCCUAAAUUUUAUCUUACGAUCAUCUCUCAAAUAUGCGUACGUGUGAUUCAUAGAAUGAACAUAUGCACAGAAAAUGCAUGUACGCAACUCUUUCAAAUGUGAAAUCUAUAUCGCAAAUGAUCUUGAACUUGCACGCAAAUGAAUGGUUUCAGCUCUCUGCCUCGCAAACGACUCUUAAUGUCAUUAACAUAUAAAAGAUCAAAGUCAUCAUCAAAUUCUUUAAUUUGGAUGAUGACGGUGAUCUUUUAUAUGUGAUCACACUAUAAGAUCAAAUCUGUGCAUAUGCACACUUUAUAAAUGAGGCCCCUGGAUUCCAGCGUGAACCGAUCAACUCAAUCGAGGCCAUGAUGCACUAAUUCGUUCACUCGUUUUGAAAACGGGGUAAUGAAAAGUAAACUGCAGCCAUGAUUUAAAGGAAUAGUUCAGGCAAA